UUAAAAAUUUAAAACGCCUCUUGUUGAAUUUUAGAACUGCGCUCGAAGCUCAAAACUCAGAGCAGCGGCAAAUGCCGAAGAAUAUCUGGAGGCGAGAAAGCUGAGAUGAAGAUUGUAACUUACAAUGUGAACGGCUUGCGGCAGCGCGUCUCCCAGCAUGGCUCUCUUCUCAAACUGCUCAAUUCCCUCGAUGCUGACAUCAUCUGCUUCCAGGAGACAAAAUUGCAAAGACAGGAAUUGUCUGUGGAUGUUACCAUGGCAGAGGGGUAUGAGGCUUUUGUAUCUUGCACUCGGACAUCCAUCAAAGGGCGCCUCGGUUAUUCUGGUGUUGCAACAUUUUGCCGUGUUAGCUCAGCAUUCUCCACAAAAGAGGUGGCAUUACCAGUUGCAGCUGAGGAAGGCUUCACUGGCCUUCUUGAAUCUUUAAAAAAGCAGGAAACUGUCGUAAGGGAUCUCUUUAUUGAGAAGAUUUUGGAUGAGGAGGGUUUUGAGCAAAUGACAAAGGAGGAUCUAUUAAAAGUGGAUAGUGAGGGAAGAUGCAUCAUCACUGAUCAUGGCCAUUUCGUGCUUUUUAAUUUAUAUGGCCCUCGAGCUGAUGGAGAUGAUAAGGAAAGAACCCAUUUCAAGUUUCUAUUCUAUAAGUUGUUACAGAGAAGAUGGGAAUCUCUUCUGGCUCAUGGGAGGAGAGUUGUUGUUGUUGGCGACCUUAACAUUGCUCCUUUUGCUAUAGACAGAUGUGAUGCCGAGGCAGAAUUUGAGAAAAACACGUUGAGGACAUGGUUAAGGUCCAUGCUAAAAGAAUGCGGUGGCCCUUUUGUUGAUGUUUUCAGAUCAAAGCACCCUUGCAGAGAGGGAGCGUACACCUGUUUUGCUCCAUGUAUUGGUGCUGAAGAAUUCAACUAUGGUUCAAGGAUUGACCAUAUUCUCAUUGCCGGGCCUUGUCUUCAUGAAAAUCAAUCCUCAGAGAAACAUAGCUUAUUUGAUUGUCAUGUUGGAGGAAGUGACAUUAUGAUGCAGUUCAUCCGCGGAAAUUUUGUUGGUAGACCCAAGUGGAUAGGGGGAAGAAGCAUAAAAUUGGAAGGUUCAGAUCAUGUACCUGUGUUCAUGAUCUUCAACGACAUCCCUGAUCUUCCAGAGCAUAGCACUCCAGCUUUAGCUGUGAGAUAUGUUCCAGAGGUUCGUGGUUGGCAACAAACUAUUGUUCCAUUCUUGAGGAAAAGACAGCUUCCUGAUGCCAAUGAGCAUUCUGCUCAUGUUACGUCAGAAAAUGGUGGUGAAGGUUCAGUUGCAAGCCUGGACAAUAGUUUGUCUUUGAAGUGCGGGAAAGCAUCAAUCCUUGCUAACUUUUCUUUUGAUUUAGAUCAAGCUAGUCCACAAACUUCGGAUCACAAAAUCAGUCAAGAAAUCUGUGCUGAAAGUAACAAGCCUAGUUCCUCUUGCCUGAAUAUGGGGAAAAAUAGCCUUUCCCAUAAAACUAAAGUGCCAGUGAAAAAGGUUAAGUGUGCUGCAUACUCUCAGCUUACUUUGAGGUCUUAUUUCCAGCAACCAAAGCUUGGCUCUGAUUGUAUCGUAGAAGGAAAGAAUGCUGAUGAAUCUUUGGAUCGAUAUGAUAAUGGAAAGAUUAGUGAUGAUCUUUCUUGUGGAACAGACCUGAUAUCUGUUAAAAGUUCUUUGCUUGAUGUUGGAAACUAUAAUUGUGGGGCAGACUUUCCUGGGAAGGGUUUUCGUUCUGAAGAUCAAACUGAUGAAUGCUUAUCUUCUUCCUCUCAAUCUGAAAGCAGAAAUAUCGCGUUGUUGGAGUGGCAAAAAAUUCAGCAGAAAAUGAAAAAGAGUAUACCACUUUGCAAGGGUCAUAGUGAACCCUGUGUUGCAAGGUCUGUAAAGAAGGAAGGCGCAAAUCUUGGGCGGGGAUUUUAUGUAUGUGCUCGUGCUCAGGGUCCAGCAGCUAAUCCAGAAGCAAACUGUGGACACUUUCAAUGGGUUAAUAAGAGGCAUCGGCGCCAAAAUUGAUGUGGUAAUUCUACGGAAACUUAACCACCCUUCAAUAUGAUAUGUAGUCUGUUUCUUUCAAAAAUUACAAGGUAAUUUUACUAGCAUACCACACAAUUCCUAUGUAUUUACAUAUCUAACAUCCAAAGUUCAAUAUUUACACUGAUAACUCCUUGGUUGUGCACUUUUGAAAAGACAGUGAUGAUGGCAUUUCUGAUCUGAUGUUAAAGAUUUCAUUGGUAUGCAUGUAAAUAUGAAUGAUUAGAUGUUACAUAUGUAAAUUUAUAUAAAUUGUGUGGUAUGUUUGUAAAUGCCCUAAAAAAACAAAUGACAUGUAACUAUUUACCGAUCAAAUUUAGUUUCUUAUU